CCAUUUGAUUAUUACGUUCCUUCUUUUUGUACCUCUAUAACUACCCCUCCCCAACUGCCCCUCCUCCUCCUCCCUUCUUCCUCUUCUCUCAUCCUUUUCUUCUUUAAUUUGCACUGAGAGAGAGAGAGAGUGAGAGAUAGAGUCUGCUUCAUGAACUCUCAAACCCUUCCCAUUUUCUUCGCCUCAACCAUGUCAUCAAGCACUUCUGAUAGCCUCUUUCUUCUCAGAAAGGACCAACAAGAAGACCCAGCCAACAGUUCCCAAGCUGCAGAAAGACUCGUCUUCCAGAGUGAGAGUACUGCUUCAAACAGUUCAGAGACUCGUCAUUCUACAGCCCAACACGAAGCAGAAGCAGAAAGCAGUGAGAAUGAUUCAGAGGAAGAGAUCAAGCUCAAGGUGAAUCAACAAGAGAAAGAAGAUGAUGAUGAUGGGUUCAGAACUCCAACGUCUUUGGACCACAGAAUCCCAGAGGCCAAACAAUGCCCAGCUCCACCCAGAAAACCCCAACCAUCUCUCAAAAGAAAAGCUUCCUUCACAUCAUCACCAUCACGCAGAAGAAGAUCAAACCCACCACUUGAUCUCUCCAGAGAGGUUGAAUUAUUGUUGUUCCAAACCCAACGUCACCCUCUUUCUGAUUCUCACCAAAACCAGAAGAAAUCUCAACACAAAAAUAUUGUCAGUGACGCCAUGUAAUUAUCAACUUCCACUUCUUCAAAAUUUCCCUCCAAUCAUGCAGUAAGAAGGUCCUAUAUAUUCAGCUAUUCAAAACUUUAUGAUUCUCAUUAUCUCAAUCUUGAAGCUUAAACUGUUAGAUUCAUGGAUCGAUAUAUUUUGUUUAAUUCAAUGCAAAGCUUUUCGACUUGCAUUUGAAUUGGCCAUGGGAAGACAUAUUGCAGGUGCUAGCUAGCAGCCCCAUAUUUGGUGAAAUUAACGUUACGCAAGUUCCAAACGUUA